UUGCCAGCCCCUGCGGCGCAGUGCCACAGUGCUAUUUAAACGCCAAGCGUUAUGCUUAAUGUUUGUUGGUUACAGUAGAGAUGCGAGUGCUUGCCGCGGCCGGCACCUUUCGGCCAAAACGUCACAUUUCGUUGGGAAUGUAUUAAGCGUUCAUUUUGGGGGGAAAUAGCCUCCUUGCCCAAGUGAGGAUUUCGGCCGUGCUCCUCUGUGCUGAGCCCUUGGUGCAAAUUUCACAUCCCUAUAAUUGAACAUAUAGAAAUAUAUAUAUAUAUCAAAAGCAUGCUCAAUUUAUGUUGUUGGCACAACAAGAAACAUUAAACGAGACGACAAAUAGGGGGAGUAAAAACAACCGAGCGAAACAAAUAAAAUACAAAGUUUGACAAAUCGUCAUACAAGAAAGGAGAUCGUGAGCGCUUGCACCACUCCCCCCCACUCCCCCGCGUUGAACAUGAAGAGAAAGAAUAUCUCGACGGUGCCCAAGGCGGCCGACUCGAGCCCCAAGGAGGAAGGCGGUGGUGGCGGCGAUGAUGAUGGCCACGAUGGCAGCAGCGGUGGCGUCCGACUCGCACGCACCAUCGGCUUCGCGACGGGCGUCAACGUGCUGGUGGGCAGCAUGGUGGGCUCGGGCAUCUUCGUGUCGCCCGGCGGCGUCCUCCGUUUCGUCGGCGGUGACCCCAGCUGGGCCCUCCUCGUGUGGGCCGGCUGCGGGCUGCUCUCCCUGCUGGGUGCCCUCUGCUACGCCGAGCUGGGUGCCGCGGUGCCUACGGCGGGUGGCGAGUACGCGUACGUCCGGCGCGCGUUCGGCGCUCCGCUCGCGUUCCUCUUCGCGUGGACAUCCGUGGUGCUGCUGCGACCGGCCAUGAACUCGGCCGUGGCGCUCACGUUCGCCGAGUACGCCCUGCGACCGCUCUUCCACGGCUGCCCCGCGCCGCCCGCCGUCGUCAAGUGCCUGGCCAUCGCUUCGCUGCUGGUCGUGGGCAUCCUCAACUGCGUCAGCGUGAAGUGGGCAAUGCGUGCCCUGGACGUGCUGACGCUGCUCAAGAUGCUGGCGCUGGCCAUCGUCAGCGUGGGCGGCCUGGUGCUGCUGGCCAGCGAGCGCACGCACAACCCGCUGGGCUCGUUCGACGGCCCGCUACCAAGCCCCGCGCAGAUCGGAGAGUCCUUUUACCAGGGACUGUGGGCGUACGGCGGAUGGAACGCUCUCAACUAUGUCACAGAGGAGCUCAAGGAUGUGCACAAGAACAUCAUACGCUGCAUCUUGGUGUCAGUGCCCCUGGUCACUGCAUUCUACGUGCUGGUGAACAUCUCGUACCUGACCGUCUUGACUCCGAGGGAGAUCAUAUCUUCAGCCGCCGUGGCGGUGACGUGGGGCGACCGCGUGCUCGGCUCCUUCUCAUGGAUCGUGCCACUCUCGGUGGCCGUGUCGACGUUCGGCUCGCUCAACUGCAGCGCCUUCGUCAUGGGCCGCCUCAACUACGCGGCGGCGCGCGAGGGUCACUCGCUGCCCUUGCUCGCCAUGCUGAGCGUGCGCCACCAGACGCCCACGCCGGCCGUCGCCUUCUCCACGCUGCUGUCCGUCGCCUUCGUCCUGCCCACCGACCUCAUCAUGCUCACCAACUACUUCGGCUUCGUCACCUGGUUGCUCGUGGGGCUCAACUGCGCGGGGCUGCUGGUGCUGCGCUACCGCGAGCCCGACCUCCGUAGGCCGUACAGGGUGCUGUGGCCUGUACCCGUGGUGGUGGUGCUCGUGUGUGGGUACCUGGUGCUCGCCCCCAUCGUGUCGUCUCCGCGCUACGAGUACCUGUUUGCACUGCUCUUCGUGCUCGCCGGAUUUGUCUUCUACGUGCCCUUCGUGCACUUCAAGCUGCGCGUGCCGUGCCUCCCCGCGCUCACCUGCUGGCUGCAGCUCCUCCUCGAGGUGUCGCCGACUGUCGCGCCGGCCACGUGCGUCGACGAUGUGCGAUAGCGAAGAGGCGCGCGGACGCACGCGUGCAAGUUUCAUGGUCCGCAGCGACGGCUCGCCGCGCCUUCACCUGUCUGCACCUAAGGUGGAGGGCCAGGCGGGUGCUGCCGUUGUUAGCGCCGCGUGGUUAGAGUCACGUCGUCAACGACCCGACGUGGCCAAGCGGUUUAGCGUGUCCGCCGCUCAUUGUAGAGGUCUGCGGUUCGAAGCCCAGUGGCCGCCCUGGUUAAUGCUGUGGGUGUAUUGACCACAGAUUUGCGAAAAAUGUGCUUCGUUUUUGCUUCACGGUGGUAGUUCAAGGUCCCAUUACAUUACUUUAAAAAGUAGGCCGAAUCUGGAGAAUUUAUUUUCAAAAUACCAGAUAUGUUCAAACCUCAGAGCACCACUGCCACCCCCUCCCCGACUGGCAGACUAUGCUCGUCUGUAAAACAUGUUGCUUGAGUGCACUUUAACAAUGCUAUGAAUACCAAAUAUACUCAAGUAUUCCCAUUGGUAUAAUGCAUCAUAAUAUCCAAAUUAGCAUUGUUUGUACAGCACUCAUUCGACUGCUGAUUCUAAGACGAUGGUGGAAAUUCAAAUAUAUGUCUGACAGGUGGGGACUGUGGCCCAGUCUACUUAGAAGAACAACCACAAAUGAGUUCCUUCAAAAUCAAACUAAACUAUUUUUAUUGUUUGUACAGCACUCAUUCGACUGCUGAUUCUAAGACGAUGGUAGAAAUUCAAAUAUAUGUCUGACAGGUGGGGACUGUAGCCCAUUCUACUUAGAAGAAAAAACACAAAUGAGUUCCUUCAAAAUCAAACUAAACUAUUUUUAUUUUACCACGUAAGGCCCACUGACGUCCAGUAUAUAGCUCUUUUUCAAAGCAACCUGUACACAAAUUAUUGCUCAAUGAAGUGGGUAAUCAUGUGGAAAUGUACAGCAGCCAAAGGACUCUAAACGCAUGAUUCUAAAUGUGGAGGGAAAAACCGGAGGUCCCGGAGAAAAAUCCACGCGACCACGUGGAGAACAUGAAAACUUCAAAUAUUCAGGAGUCAGGGUCGGCAUCGAACCCACGAGGUGAGGUCGUUAACAUCUCGCCACCGUGGCGCUGCAUGAUACUUAUUAACAUGUAUUUUACUAUUAUAAUAAUUAUACUUAUUUCAUCCACCACGGGGAAGAAAUCGGCUGAAUGGACCACUGAGUGGGAUCGAAAUCUCUGAUUGGAAGCUAAUCGUACUGUCAGAUCUCCACCUUGACUUCUCGCAAAUGUCAAAGUGUGAUAUUACUGAAGUGAAUACGUUUAACGUUGAUGCACUUGCGUACAUUUAAAUAAUUUAAAUAAACAUAUCAAAAAACGUGUUCUUUGACUGAGAAAUUACUGAAUCAAAGCAUAUUCACGUUUUCACAUGUGGAUUAAAGUCACUGACAUAUUUAAAGAAGCAUAGAGAAAUGCAUGCUGGGAAUUACAGAGGUGGAAAGAGGGACACAAGAAUCAGGCAACAAUGACAUGGCGACUGUUAAGUGAAGCACGCUGUCCUUGGGCAGGACAUUUCACGAGAUGGGAUGAUAGCGGCCUAUGGAUAAGAAUUGCGAUGGAUUUGUAUUCCAAGGGAUAGAAUGUGCACAAGAGAACGACCACUCUGGAGGUGGUGCCAUGAUAUCAGUGAAUGUGCAGGAAUGGCAUAGGGAAGCCGUCACCCAUUCGUGGACUAUGACUGAUGGUGAUAAUAGCAAUGACAUGUUUGGCCUAAAUUUGGUUGCUUUUUUAAAGAAAGGCCACGUUAUUCGCAUGCUUUGUCAUGCUGCCUUAAGGGAAGAAAUACAAUAAUAAUAUAAAUGAAAUAAGAAAAGUUUUAAUUACACACCCUAACAAAUGUAACUUUGGAUUUUGAAACAGAAUUUUUAAGCAAGCGUACAACCGGAAUUUUGAAUGACCUCGUUAUUUUUCUCAGGUGUAAAAUGCACCGUGCAUUUGAAUUUAUGUUUUUUACACGCAGCAAGGCUUUUGCAUGUUGCUGUUUGAUCUCGAGAUAGCCAUCUGAAGGAACUGAGAACAAGGGGCAUUUAAAAAGGCCACGAAUGCAGUAUUUACGUUUUACAAGGUUGAGUUCACACUUUGAGUCAGAUGUGUUUAAAAAUUAAGACUCUAUGGGGAGAAAGAACAUGGACAUUAAGCGCUCUUAAAUUAAUGAGCAAAACCGCCAAACUUUUUGCAACGUUUAAAUAUAUACUAGCUAUAUGUUAUUCCGCACAGUGGCGUACUAUAUUUUCAGCUGUAAAUGUUAUGAGCAGCUCACGUUAAGCGCAUUGCACACUUAGCUUGCGCACUUGCCGUUUUACUUGCGAAUUGGGUUGCAAUGGAAUCAUUUUUCACGAUGUGAUAAAAUAUAAAAUUUCACGAUAUGAUGAUUUUAGCGAUAUCGGUUUCUCAAACUUUAUAAUUCUAAUUCACAUUGUGAUUGCGUUGUUACCUGCUUUGUUGUAUUCAGAAGAAUGUUUCAACUACUUACUAUGCGUAUAUAUAUUACAAUAUAUAACGAUUAUAACGUACAUGCUGUCAGUCACAGAAGAAAUUAUUAUAUGAUGAUGAAAAUGCUGAUAUCAUAUAAACUGCCUUGCUGUGAAUUACUCUAAAAACUUUGUCAAGGCACUACGUUAAAAGGUAUUUAUUUACAGCUUUAAUUUGUGUUUUUUUGGUUAUUUUAUACUGCUUGAAGAAACGUGUUUUUUAUGAUUUUUAUGAGCAAACAUAAUCAGGUUGUAACACUAUUUUGAAAAAUGGACCAUACGACGUUCACUGAAGACCUAUCAUAUCACGCAUAAAUGUAUCAUUCCUCUAUCUCAGCAAACUCUCGACUCGCUCCUCUCGAAUUUCAUGUUGCCAAGUCGUGGUCAAAACUGAGCCUGAGAUAAAAAAAAAACAGGGCCUGGAACUAAACCCAAUUAAUUGCCCUUCGUCACCCACAAUGCCCCUCAAAAUAGCCUUCUAAGCAACCAGAAAACCCAAUUGGAGCCGUAGGAUUUAGAAAAUUAUAACAUGCAUGACAUAAUAGCCCCUCACUUCUCACACGCUGCCACUGCUAAUGCUGAUUGUGCCAUUGAUACUGGAAAUGUGUAACUGUGUGCAGCCUGUUUUGACGUGACCUUCUUAAAUAAGUUAUGCUGAGCUAUCCCAUUCCGUAGGCCUGAAUCGUAAUUUUCCUCGUCAUGAGAUGUUUUGCCCUCCCGUGAUGCACAUUACAAUAUUAUGCGAAUACUGUU